GUGGUGAACUAAUCUAGUGUUAAAUAACAUACAGAACAAGUUUGUCAAGCCAACUGUAACGUUGAGUUUUUGAUGUCUUUCCCCUAACACUGCAAAUGAAUUCAUAAGAAUAAAAAAUGAUGUGAUUAUCCGGUUACCAUAUUGUAUAUAAUCAGCUGUGUUAAAUAUAUAUUAAACUAAAUUCUACAACACUAAUAAAAGUAACAUUUUUAAUACGAAUAUUCUAUGAUUUUUUAUUCGGAUUAAAAUAAAUUUCAUCGAUAAAGAAAAAAUUCGUAUACGAACAAUAACACAUCAAUAUAAAGCGACAGUUUAAAUUGGAAUUUGAAAAUAGACUCAACUUGAAAUGCCCGACAUGAGCAGCAGUGAUAAUGAAUCUAACAAGGAGUUGCCGAUUAGAAAGCGCAAAAGUUUAGUAUGGAAAUAUUUCGAGAAAUUAAGUCGGGCUCGCGUACGUUGCCGCGUAUGCCGUCACGAACAAAACUAUCAAGGUAAUACCGGUAACAUAUUGAGACACUUAAAGGCCAAACAUCAAAUCGACGCUACUCAAAGGGGACAAAGAGAUCCUGAGAAUUUACAGCGUAUGAAACAAUUAAAUGAUUCUGCCAGUCAUUUAAAUGAUAUUUCGGCGGCCGUUCCUAUUAAGACAGAAAAUCCGCCGAUGAGUAGUGAGUCUAGAACUCAAUUGACUUCUUAUUGCGACGAACCCGAUAUAGAUCCGUACGAAGAUAAUGAGCCAUUGGUUAAUUUUAUAAAUACCGAUUUGAUAAACACUGAAAGGGACGAACACCAUAAUGGCAGCCAACCUUCAACGAAGCGUAAAAGUUCGUUGGAAGACGCCCGCAUUAUCGCUGAAACUGAAUACUUUCGAGAGAAAGCGGCCUAUUUUCGCAUACAAAAGCAUUUGUCAGCCUUGCAAGCGAAAAAAGUUAAAUUUGAAUUGGAACAAUUGUAUUUAAAUUGUAAUAAAAGUAAUUCGUAGUACAAAGCGUGAAGAUGGAGUUAUGGUUUUGAGCGAUUUGAUUAAAAUAAUGGAUCAUUGAUUUAUGUACGGUGGAUAUUUCUAGGCACAUGUAGAAGAAGCUUUGGCUGUUAUACGACAAUAAAGUAGACAAUAAAGUAUAUUCCCAUCUAAGGGCUUCUAUGCCCUGUUUGAUUGCGUCGGCUUAAAGAGUUGCUUAAUGCUCCACUCGCUGUCCACUCGCUUCCCUAGUUGGAUAAUAUUGGCGUAUUUGAUGUUAAAGCGUCUGAGGAGAUUUGUUUUUGGAAGCAACUCAUACGAUUGAUAUUAUGACCAAAAUGUUUUCAGUGGUACAAAAUGCAAUUGGGAAACCUCCUGAGAUACCUCCUGUAACCACCGAGUAAGUGUUAUAGGAAUUUUCGUUUGUUUUUUCUCUUGUCUUUAAUAUUAUUCCAUACAACAAUGACACUUUUGAUUAAAUUUUUAAAAAACUCUUUGAAAUUUAAAAUUUAAAAUUGUGCGUGUAUGUGUAUGCGUACGUGUACGUGUGUCUUAAUGUAUGUGGGAUUGGUUGUCUCUUCU